AUGCAUCAUAUGUAUUCAGACGAAAGCGAAGCUGUCAAAGCCAAGAUUGACAAGAAGUAUGAAGAAAUGAAGGCGAGAUAUACAAAACAAUGUCAAUGCCUUAAGUCAGGGAAGCCACCAAAAAUAGACAAGAUGGCCAAAAUCAAGGCUAUCAACGAACUCGGCCCUAUGCUCGAUCAGGUCCUCAAGUACCUUGGACAUAUGACUGGAGGGUGGAAGUUUAGUGUGUUGAUGGGGGGUCACGAUCCUAGCACAGGUGAAGUGUCAGUGUUUAACUACCACGUGGGAGAAGUUGAAAGUGGCGCACAUUUUGACCAAGCAUACAACAAGUUCGAUGCUGUGCAGAGCACCUUCCUAGAAUUUGUCAAAAAGUCCAUUGCGUUCAAGUCUACAUUAACGCAGGAGCCAGAGUCAGCCAAGGAUGAGGAGGAAGACGAAAGUGAUGGAUUGUUGUUGUUGGACUCAGACUCUGAUGAGGAGUGGGGAAAGAGCGGUGGUGAGGGUGUGCAGAGUCAAGUGCAAGAGGAUCUCGGGAACCACCUCUAUCACAUGACUCCUCAAUCUGAUGGAGGGGUCGAUCUACCUCCCAAUGCUAAUGAUGCAUCAUCGACAUCCCUUGUUUAUACAUCACCCACUGGUUACGCGACUACCACCAGUGAUGCAUCAUUUAGCUUUGAUUCCCAGGCAGCCGCGGCCCACCACAUAACGAUGGACUUUUCAGUGCUUGAUCCGUCACUGUCUGACCCCAUUGUACUGGGCAAUUUAGAUUUUUCAGUGUUUGAUCCAGCAGCUUUCUCUGCUGCAAUAAACGAUCCGACCUUUGACAUCAACGCACUCAAUUCCUCCGAUGUGCCUCCCAUGAAUUCGUAUCCUGAAGUCCAGGACCACUUAUGUUUGUCAACAUCAAUCCCACAGACUCCGGAGGUUCUUCUUCCAGCUGUACAUCACGAGGAAGGGGAGGAGAAUGAUGACUCCAAUGAGUCACCUGCUGCUUCCCAUGCCAGGUGCAGAAAUCAUUUCGACCGAACUCAGGCACCUGCACUGUCCACAGAACAACCUCAAGCCCCAUGUCGACGUGCACGCAACAACAUCCCGUUUAAUCCAUGUGAACGCGACAAUGAGAUUGGUGCCUCAACACAUUGUGCUCCUACUUCUGUUGCUGCAAAGCAUAAGCGCAAAAAUGCCGAGGAAAACUCUGAAGGGCACAACAUCGUUAAAAUAAGGAAGGUUGAGAUGUUGGAGUCCGAAGAACCGAAGGCACCAGGGGACGAGUGA